GGGACAGGCGAUGGUGGGGAGGGGGUGACCAGCUCGCGGCUAACCACUUUGGCACGCGACACUUAACAGCAAGCAUCCGCCGACUAAUGUGUCUCCGACUGACGCUGUCCGCAGCGCACCACGUCGCCAGCUGAUCGAUCUACGACAACAGCAGCAGCAACGGCAGCAGCAGCAGCAGCACUAGUACCAGCAACAACAGCGAGGACAGCUGGGCGGCUAGUGUUGCGGCCGGUCCUCCAAAGAGUAACCUCCCCUGCUUGUAGACACUUCCAGGAGUUGGUGGCACCGCGCUCGAGCGGGGAAAGAUGAGCAAGAGAACUGCUUCGAAGAGUUCGCGAGAAGAUCGGACCAAGAAGGAGAAGAGGCUGGCCAAGGAGCUGGGCUUUUCUGAUAAGGAGUAUGAGGAAAUCAAGAGAACCUUCUGUGUGUUCGAUCAAGAUGGAAACGGCCAUAUAACCCGAAAUGAACUGAAAAGUGUUGUGCGCAUGCUUGGACAAAACAUGUCGGAAGCUGAGCUCAAUGAGAUGAUACUUCAUGCGGAUUCAAACGCAAGCGGGACAAUCGAGUUUGAAGAGUUCCUUCCCUUGAUCGCGGCCAAGAUGAAGGACAAGGUUGCACGCGACAAGGAGCUGCGGGACGCCUUCCGGGCGUUCGACCAGAACGGGGACGGGUUCAUCUCGGUCAGCGAGCUGCGGAGGGCCAUGUCCAAGAUGGGUCAGCAGCUGACUGAUGCUGAGAUCGAAGCCAUCAUCAGGGACGUGGAUAAGGACGGAGACGGCUUUGUCAACUACGAAGAGUUUUCCAAAUUCUUGAUGGGAAAUUAGCUCGGCGCGUGCGACCAGCGCAGUGCUUGAGGUGCUGGAGUCUAAUGGUGCAUGGCGGUGGGGAACAUGCACAACGCCGACCGCUUCCAGCAGAAGAAAGAAAGAAAAAAAAACACAACAACUCUGCUACUAAUUCUCAUUCCUUCUUCCUCCAUUCCCUUUCUUUCUCUUUCCUGACUCGGGCAUUUCUCUGUAUCUCAUCCCUUUCCUUUUCUAUUUUUUUUUCUUCACUUCCCCCACUCACUCUAUUUUGUCUUUUUCUGCUUUGUGCACCAUCUAUCUAGUGUUUGUUUUUAGUCUCUCUGCUUUGUACAUCUUUUCUCUCUAGUGUUUGUCUUUGGUAUGUAGAAAAUUUCCUGUCUCCAUCUUUCUUCCCCAGCCCGUCUCUCUCUCUCUUGUCUACCUUUCUUCACCUCAUUUCUGUAAUUCUUUCUCAGCCAGCCAGUGUAAAUUUUUGCACGAGCUAUUGAUCAGAGGUUGAGGUCGACGUUCCCGACACCCACCACCGUCAUCACCGGCGCCUCGGCUUGGACAGCGACAUUUCAUACCACGACCUACAUUCUCUCCCUUGAGCACACCUGUUCUGUCCACUGGACACUAACACCUUCUGUCCUCUCUCCCACACCCCACCACCACCACCACUACCACUUGUGGUGGACAUUCAGUCUUUACCCCAGUUUGGGCACCGACACUGAUUAACACACCGUCCCGCCAUCUUGUAUACAUAUUUACGUCGUUAAGAUCACCUUUUUUCUCCAUCAACGAUGUCAGAUUUUUUUUUCGUCGUCGACGCAACGAUGAGCAUGAUUGUUGAUGCAGAUGAUAUCGCAAUAUCAUCAGUUUUUCUAUUUUGAAUCAGCACAAACUAUUUCGGAGAUCAGCUCUCUCUCUCUCUCUCUCUCUCUCUCAAGCAUGUGUGUAUGAACAUGAAUUAUUAUGUUAUUCCUUUUAUUCAUCUCUUUAACCGAAGUUCUACCUUCUGUGCCUGUUUGCAGUACACGAACGAAAUGGCAAACUUCUUCACAAUUUUUUCUAUUCAUUCCCAUGAAUCCCAAACGAAACCUUGCAGCAAGACCAUGUUGGAUUGUGUGUGUGUGAGAGAGGGGUGGGAGUUGUCAAGGGGUGGUAUUUCUUUCGUCAGUUUAUCAGCAUUGUUGACAAGAAGCACAAGAAUUACAAGCGCACGUGUGCAUGAACUCUGGCGCAUGCGCACGUAGGCUCCCAGCCAGCAGCCAUGAUGGAUGAAUAGGAAACUCGAGACAACUCUUAUUGUGCAUUGUGCCACCAUUAAGUGCUUUGGAGCCUUGGCGAGGGCUGAGUGCCAGGCGCCAGAGAAACACAUCGAUUUGUGGCGGGUAGAGUGGCGGGGACAAGGUGGGUACACGGGGUGGGGCGCGGGGACUGAGGGGAGGUAAGUCUAUGCCGAUGCACACGCGUAUGUAGAGAAAUGAGAUGGAGGAAGGAGAGGUUGGAAACAACAAUGUGAGCACGUGCGUAGAAACAACACGUGUAAGUGGGUGGCAGACAAAGCUGGGCGUGCCACAUACUUGUCUCCCCUCCCUCUUCUCCUCCGCCUGCAGCGAUCUACGUGAUGCGCACGGUUCCCGGAUGUUGCCUCAUGAAGCAUUCUCUGGAUGAAUGAUUGCCCUUUGAGUAGCUCACGCAUGCGCGGGACACUCGCUUACUCUCACAUCCCGCACUGCUUCUUAAAAAAAAAGAAAGAAAAUUGGGUUGAACUGUCAAAUUUCAGAAGGAAUGCGGAGGUCUGCGAUACAAGAAUGUGAACAUUUCUGUAUUAUUUUUGCUGGAGUUAAUUCGACGUUGUGUCAUUUGGAAAACAGGCUUCCGUCCUGUGGCAUCAUGACCAAAGGGGUACAAUGAGGAAACGAAUGAGUUUUUUUAGGUGUUGACAAACACAUUCCUCAAUGUCAGCCGUAGAGAAAAAUCUAAAAAAUAAACAAAUUAGCACAUGGAUACCAAAAAUAGCAUUCGUUGAUACAAAUGGGAAGAAUAAAGGAAUACAAAUGAAUAAUUCAAUGACCUCACAUGAUGUCUUCUGUAAAACAACGAGCCAAGACUUUAAUUCUCUUACAACAACUUAAAAUAAUUGAAGAUAAGAAAUAUUUAUUUGCUUAAUUCCUUAGCUCUGUGUGUGUGUGUGUGUUUUGCAAGUGUGCUAAAAUGGGAAUUAACUAACAGAAAAUAAAGAGAAAUAAAGUACUAGUUAACAACAGCAUAACAAGGUACACGUUUCAACGCCAUCAGCUGUGACGGCGGUGAUAAGGCUGUGACGUGCUGUGUGACGUCAUCGAGGGACAGGAAGUGUCGGUUAUUGUUAGGAUUUAAACUCAAGUGAUCGGUGGUGUGUCGUUAGUUUGAUUAAUUAUAUAUAUUAGUCAUAACAAUCAAGAUGGCUGUUAGCGAUGUCCGACCAUAUGGCAUCAGCUGACACUGGGAUCGAGCAGACGUCACCGGAGGACAAAAGAGAUAAAAGAGUUCCGUGUAUUCUUAUUAAACACCACAUCCUGUACAACAUUCAACUUUUUUGACAAGAACAGACACGAAAAUAGACGAGAUUCAAACUGAUCAUACUCUUUGUGAGAUUCUAACCAGUUUUGGUUUGCCUUUAGACAACAAACUUCUGCAUGUAGUUGCCAAGGGUUUGGGUGAAUGAAGUGAUAGAAUGCUUUGAAAUGAUUUGACUGCUCGCUUCCUCUUCCCCUAUACCCACGCCCUAACGAACACUUUCACAAGAACUUAUUCCACUAUUUUGUCAACGUUUAGGUGGUGGCACUCAUUUUCUUAUCUUUUCUUAUAUUUGGAUCUUGUCAUAAUAUUUUUUCGCCAUUUUUCUGCAAUUGUUUUAAAAUGGUAUAAAAUUCUUGGAAAGAGUGUUUUGCCCUUGCGUGCAUGUGUAUAUUUGAGUGCAUAUAUGAGCUUGUACAAUUGUACAAAAGUGGAUACCACUCUGGUGUGUGAUCUGUUGGGAUACGUUAAGUUUAAACAACUUUUCCUUUGGGGCUGCUAGAAAAUACAAAUUAUCAGCCUUAGUUUUCUGUACCAGCAAGUACACACUUUCCAUCCUAUAUCACUGCUACAUUAUGCAUGCUAGCGAGUCAUUUUUCAAAUGUUGCAAUUUUGAUUACCUCUUUCAACGACAAUAUUAAAAGCGUUUAAAUAUUUA